CAGCAGGCCUCACGUGCCCCAGGCCUACAGACCCUGCCCCGGAAGUGAGAGAGCAGAGCCAGGCGAGCGAGGGAAGGGGGCUCGGGCCCGGGAGGCGGGGGCCUGCUGCUUCCGAGGGCUACAGCCGCAGCCACCAGUGCUCCCACACCCCCGCCCAGCUGGGCAGAGAGGCUGUCCCGGCUCCGGGGCCGCACAGACCCGCUCUGUGUAAGCUGCGCCUCUCCCCCAGUUCCCAGCUCCCCGGGAAGAGACCCCAGUUUGCCCCGCGUGGACCUCCCAGCUAAGGGCUGGAGGGGGGGGCUCUGGGCCGGGCAAACGUGGCCAGGGGAGGCCCCCACAGACACGGCACGAAGCUGGAAAACACGAACCAGGAGCUCCACACGGCUGAGCCAGGCUGAGGCCAGAGGGGCCGCUCAGCGAGGACAGAUGGAGAGCGGGGCACUUGGGGACAAAGGCCCACGGCCGCCCUCCAGGAGCGAGAACUGAGAAGCAGAAGCCUCACAGAAGGAAGACGAGCAGCCUUCGGGGCCUCCAGUGUCCACCCCAGAUCUGCCCAGGGUUCAGCCCUUAGGCCCUGUGGCCAGGACGGGACCCCGGCCUCCUGUGAGCGGCUCCCACCCACAAGCUGGCCCAGAGAGGGGUGCGAGAGGGGAGCGUCCGCGGGGAAUCGAUGGCGGGUCAAGAGGAGGGGCCGGGCCCUGCCCUGUGGCACACGCCCUGCCCUCCCUGCCCCAGGUCUUUGCUCACGCCGGGCCCCAUGCCCAGGCCGUCCUCUGCCCUAGCUCUGCCCCACCAGUCCCUCUAGGCUGGCCCAAACACGUCUCCUCCCGGAAGCACCCCCUUCUCCUACGUGCCUCCUUCCUGUGGCCUGCUAGCCUGAGCAGGUGCAGUGAGCGUGGCAAGCCCUUGCAGGCGGAGCCCUCUUCUCUCCCCCACGGGGGGCAUCGGCCCGGGUGAGGGAGAAGGGGCUGGCCCAGAAGCGGGGGCUGGAAGUUCAGCCCUGCGGGAAGCCUUUAAGAGCUCUAGUGGAAGCAGCUGGCCUGGUGAGGGGCUUAAAACCCUGGGCGGGUGAGGGCAGGUGCUAGCGUGGAGGUGAGCGGCCAGGGAGGCCUCGUCCGCCUGCCCCUCGACCCGCCCAUGUGGCCCUUCCUCAGCCACGCUCUCUUCCCACCCCCGACCCAGGCCUGGCUGCAAAGGGCUUCCUCGGACCCUGAGGCCCAGGGCUGGGGGGCCUGGGGCAGGGUCGAGAAGCCCCCUCCAGAGCCAGGGGGUGGGGACAGGAAGGAGGGGGAGCCAGGGGAAGCGGAGAAUGACCCCGAAGAUGCAGGCUUCCCCCUGUCUCUCUUGGAGGGGGAGGAGCUGGCCGAGUACCCGGAACCCGACCAGGAGCUGGAGGCCAUCAAAGUGAAGCUGUGGGCCAUGGAGCAGGCCCAAGGACCGGAGCCGCCUGGGGCGCAGGGCCAGGCGGGACGGGAGGAGGGCGCCGGGGCCACGCCGGCCAGGCAGCUGCUGAGCCCCGAGGCAGGUUGCGCCUGCCCCGGGCCCCCCACGGAGCAGCUGAAGUCCGACCACAGAUCCGUCUAUGUGGGGAAUGUGGACUAUGGGGGCACAGCUGAGGAGCUCGAAGCCUACUUCAACUCCUGCGGGGAGGUUCACCGGGUCACCAUCCUAUGCGACAAGUUCUCCGGACACCCCAAGGGCUACGCCUACAUAGAGUUUGCUGCCGAGAGCUCAGCCCAGGCCGCGGUGGCGUUGGACAAGAGCAUCUUCCGAGGCCGAGUCAUCAAGGUGCUGCCCAAAAGGACCAACUUGCCGGGGAUCAGCUCUACCGACCGCGGGGGCUUCCGAGGACAGCCAGGCGCCAGAGGAGGACCGUUCCCCCGCAGCAGCCUCCAGGGCGGGGCCCGCUUCAGACCUCGGGGGCGGAACCGAUCACCUGGGUGGGCCCUCGGGCCAAGGAGCCACACACAGACCUGGUGUGGAGACAGCGCAGAGGUUGGAGUGUGGUGCUGUACAAGCUGA